AUGAGUGUGGUGGCACAGACUCCGAGGAUGUCUCCCGAGCGGUCAUCACGGUCGGCAUGGCCCCCUGCCAAUGCGUCCCAGUGGGAGGCCCCCUCAUUCGGUGGGGCGGCUCAGUUCCGCGUGGGAGGCACGACGUUGCUGUUUGCUGCCGCCGCCACCGCCAACCUGGCGCUCAUGGCCAGCGUGUGUGGCGGGCGCGGCCGUCAUUUGGCCUCUCACCUGCGCCCCCUUUUCGUCAGCCUAGCGUCGGCAGACCUGAUGAUGACUUUUGUGGUGAUGCCCCUGGACGCCGUAUGGAACGCCACGGUGCAGUGGCACGGCGGCGACGCCCUCUGCAGGCUGCUCAGCUUCCUGAAGUUGCUGGCCAUGUACGCAUCUGCCUCGGUGCUGGUGGUCAUCAGCCUGGACCGCCAUCACGCCAUCGUGCGGCCGCUGCACACGCUGAGCGCCCGGUGCAGGAACAGACGGAUGCUGGCGCUGGCCUGGAGCCUCAGCCUGUUGCUGGCCGUGCCACAGUUGUUCGUGUUCGGCACGGUAGAUGUCGUCUUGGGCGACGUGGGCGUUCACUUCACCCAGUGUGCGACCCACACAACUUUCAGCGUCCGCUGGCAGGAAACGUUGUACAACAUGUUCCACUUCAGCACCUUGUACGUGCUCCCCCUGCUGGUGAUGAGCUGCUGCUAUGGCCGCAUCAUGCUGCACAUCAACAACACGCACCUGAAGAACAAAGGCGAACUGCGUCGCAGCAGCAGCAACAGCAUCUCCAAGGCCAGGAUGAAGACGCUGAAGAUGACGGUGAUCAUCGUACUGUCCUUUGUGGUGUGCUGGACACCGUACUACCUGUUGGGGGUGUGGUACUGGUUCCAGCCCGAAGUGGUCCACUUCACACCCGAGUACGUCCACCAUGGCCUCUUCCUGUUCGGGAACCUCAACACCUGCUGCGACCCGCUCAUCUAUGGCUUCUAUACGCCUUCCUUCAGGGCUGAUGUGGCCGCCUGCUGCCGCUCAAGUCGGCGGGAACCGGCCGCGGACUUUUGGCUUCACGGACCCCGCACCCAGAACCGGCCUGAAGGACACGGAAGACUUCCCGUCCCCCCCGCCCGGAAGGACCAGAACGGAAAGGGUUCCAAGCAGCGUGUGGAACUCUAUCAAUGGCUUGUGGAGAAGGCGAAGCGUGAGGACGUCCAAGAAGAGCAGAGACAAGAUGACAAGAUGGGCGACAGGAGGAAAAAGGCUGUUGCCUUGUCUUCCCCCAAGUGUCCUCAAGGGUAA